AUCUCAAUGCAACCUCUCCUCCCCUGGAUAAAAGCAAUCCUCCCGCAGAAGCAGAACGAUUCCGGAAAGUGUCUCGAAUCUUCCAAAUUCUUUCCCGAGACCUAAAAUUCUCUCGACGGAUUCGCCUGAUCUGACACGCGAUCUCUCGGCUCGCCCCAAUGGCCGACAAGGAGAAGUUGGAGUCUGAAGAGGAGUACGAGAGCGACCUCGACGACGCACCCCUCUCCGCGUUGCGGCGCCGGGACGCUGCGAGCGAUGACGAGGACGAGGAUGAGGACGGAGGGAUGCCCUUGAGGCGGAGGAAGGCUGGAUCCGACGCAGAUUCCGACGGGCAGGGCGCCGCCGAGGUGUACGACGAGGAUGGCGCGUACGAAGAAAGCGAGGAGUACGAGGAAUACGAGUACGGGGGGUUCAAAGCAGGGGGCGGCGGAGUGCGCGGGGUGGCUGUCGAGGCGGUUGCCGGUGCGGGCCAUGAGGAAGGCGAGGCGGGGGAUGGGGAAGCUGAAAAGGCGGGUGAGGCAGCGCCAGGAGGCGAAGAGGAGGACAAGAAGGGGAACGAACCCUACUCCGUUCCGACGACCGGCGCCUUCUACAUGCACGACGACCGCUUCCAGGAGGGCCGGGGGCGGGGGCGGGGGCGCCAAAGGAGAAUGGUGAACAGUAGAAGGUUAUGGAGUCCUAAAGAUGAGCAAGCCUGGGUUCAUGACAGAUUUGAUGAGAUGGACCUGCAUGAUUUUCAUGGUGACAAUCCAAAAAGAAAGCAGGGAGGUGUCUUUAGAGGACGUGGUGGUGGACAAGGUGGUAGAACUCGUGGUAUUAGCCGUGGUAACUUCAGAGGCAGCAGAACUCGAACAUACUAUCAUGAUGGUAGCAAGAACUACAGCUAUGUUCCAAAGGAAUCUCAUGCAUACCGUGAUAACACCAAGAAUGCCCAUCAUUCUUCACACAUUAAUGGAAAGAAUAGAGUUCCAAAACCAUCUCGUGACCACUAUGAUGGUGCUAAAAGUUAUGACAUUGUCCCAAAUGAAUCUCACAUUUACCAUGGUGAUGCUAAGAGCCAAAAAAAUGCACCAAGAGUAGUUCGAGGGAGAGGCUCCAAGCGUUACCAACCACGCUUGAAAAGCACCUCUGAUGUAUCUUCAGUGCAAAAUACCAAAUCUCAGAGUCUUGAAGGCACUUCGUCAAAUGCAAACUUGGUAAAAGAUGAAGCUCAAGGACCAAAUUCACGACUUGAGCAAGUCCUUCCUAUUAAGCAGACUGUUGCAUCAAACUUGAAUUCAGCUUCGCCACCAUUUUAUCCUGCGAGGUCAUCCAGUCAAGAGUUUGCAGUUGGUCAAGGAGAGAAUACACAAGAACUUAGUACUAACCUAGUAAGAGGAAAGGCUUUUGUGCCAUCGGGGCAUGUUGAAGCUGCUAUAAAUGGCAUGAAUAGACCUGCACUGCUUCCACCUGCAUCGUCAUCAAAUGGUCCAUUUCCUGUAGCCACUAAUCAAGUCAAUAGAGAUUAUGGCCAUCCUGCACAUCCAAUUGUUCAACAAAACCCAGUUCAACCCCCUACACGAUCUGCACCCAGGAUGCCUGCCCAGAUGUUUGGUGCAACAUUCAGCAAUGGCAGUAAAAUAUCACCUGCACAACCUACAUCAACUAUUUUAGAUGAUGACGCUGAAAUUUCUUCACCUAGUGGAUCAAACAAAUAUGAUUCUCGGUUAACAGUUAAAGGACAACCUGAUGACCAAGGAGAAGAGCGAGCUUCGUUUCUCUAUGGUGGGGCUCGUGUUCUUGGGGCUACAAGCGCAAUGGGAAUCACACUUGGUGAUCAAAAUUUUCAUGGUACCCCAGCAUUGCUGCCAGGUUUGUAUCAUGGCUCAGUAAAACAUGAGUUCAAUAACAUGCUCUGUGAAGCGUAUCAAAGAAAUAAACUACUUUGAAGCUUACCAUAAACUAGUGAAGUUAUGCAGUUUGGAGGUCAGCGACCAGUUGGACGUGGUGUUCCUUCAAUUGGUAUGGCUCUGCCAGGAUUUGUGUCUCAACAGCAACUUGGUAUCAAUAAUUCUGAGAUGACUUGGCUACCAAUAUUGACUGGUGCCUCUGGAGCUCUAGGAGCACCUUAUGGUUCACCUUAUAUAGCCGUCGAUGGAAGUUAUUACUCUCGACCGCCUGAACAACCAUCUUCAUCAGUUUCUAAUAGAGAAUCUAGUGCAAAUAAUGCUUCUUCUCUGAAGUCCCAAGAAAUUACAGAGGUUGCAGGCGACGCAAGAACUCAACACCAAAAUAAACCUCGUCGAUACUCGGAGAUGAACUUUGGCCAGUGAACAUAGUGAUGAUAGUAAAUCAGUGAGGGUUCAUUGGAGCUUUGGAUCCAAGUAAGACUUGUGCAAGAGACCCUGGCCUUACCAAGUGCUUCCAGCAUUUCACUGUCUGAUGUCUAGCACUAUCUUGUGACCCAAACGAGGUUUGACAGGAGGUGUUCAAACCAUCGCUGUGGUCAUUUGCUGUGAUUAUUCUGACGGGCUGGUGUUGUUACAAUCAUUAGGUGAGAUUUUCUGGUACUCUACGUCACCACAAUACCAGACGGUCGGUCCGUAAGUGUGAAGGUCUUGAUGGAAAUCGUGAGGACGGAGGUCUCGGUCGUACUGCAAAGCUCGUGUCCCCGCUGUACAGUGUACAUCACGUCUCUGACUGUGUUUGGGUGUGCGCUGCCUCUGCCUACGAACUCUUCGGUGGUUGUCGCAUUUUUGAACUGACAAAUAAAAAAGAACGUGUUGAGCACCAAAUUGAGAAGGGCGGACGGUCCAGCCCGGUCCGGACAGUCCGCGCCUGUGGGCUGCACGGUCUGCGCAAGCGCAGAACAGAUUAGGGUUCCAAGUUUUGUGCUACAGUUGUUAGCUAGAUUCGCAGGAUUCGCUUGGAAAUUAGUUUGUAAAUGGUUCAGUCCCCCUCCUCUAUAAAUAAAGAGGUAUACGGUCGAUUUGUAAUAAUCAAUCGAAUCAAUAAAACUUCUAUCUCGCAUUUAUUUUCUGUGCAA